GUAGACCGCUCAUCCGAGUGAUUGGCAUCGAAUGAGAGCGAGCGACGAUUUUUCUAGCGUCCGCUUGAUCGAUCAGCAGGGUGCGGCGUCCGUCUCAGCACUCUGCUCGGGCCGAACGCCGUCCGAGUUUUCCCAUAUUCCUUAUUCGGUUUAUUUUAUUCCCUUCGAUCUGGGAGCGUCGCCCAGCCGUAGCAGCUGUCGCGCGAUUCCGCACUCGUAGUUUCCACUCGAGUCGCCAUCGAAAUGGGCCAUCGCGCCCGUGCGUUGCGGAAACGCGGCGAGCAGCGAUCGUUUUGCUUCCGCGCGCUCGAAUCCGCUGUUGCUGCGCGCGCGUCCCAUCGAUCGAUGUGAACGUUCCUCUCGCCGACACUCCCUCAGCUGCCGCCACCGCCGUGAUGGCGACGACUUCUGCCGCGCACUCGUACGACCGCACGAAUGAUGACGACGACGCGGAGCCAGCCUUCUACUAGGGGCCCGCCGCUACCCGGGAAGUGUCGGCGGCAAAAAGAAGGCAACGCCAUGCCGUAGCCCGUGGCCGCCGUGCUGCUAGACUCUCCCCCGAGCACCUUCUUCACCCCGGUAGAUUUAACCUUAAUGAAAAACCCUUUCUACACACAUUAAAGUGGAAAGAAAAAAAGGAAAUCAACAAAAAACCUUAAAAGACAGACAGAAGUGAUUGGUUCAUAAGUUCGCUAGGAUGAGUGGAAUGGCCGAGGACUUGGUGGGCGCUGAAGAAGAGCCCGACUAUUCGGUCUUUGAAAACAAAACGGGGCUGGCCGAAGACAUGAAGUUUCUGGCGAGCAUGCCGGAACUUUGCGAUGUAACUUUUCUCGUGGGAGACACGAGAGAGCCCGUCUGUGCCGUCAAAGCCGUGCUGGCUGCACGGAGCAGGGUAUUCCACAAAAUGCUGUAUGGUGGCUUCCAAGGAACUCCAAAUCGUGACCGUGAUGCUUCGUCGAAAAAACGAGAUCUGAAUAAGGAGACGAAAUUGAAAUUAUUCUUGAAGAGAAGCAGUGAGCCUAUGCUGAACAUACAGUUUCCUCAGCCACAGACACAUCAGACUCUGAUCAUAGAGGAGUUUGAGCCUGAUGUAUUCAGGCAACUCAUUGAGUACAUACACACUGGCUGCGUCACCUUGCAAGCCAGAACACUCCUGGGUUUGAUGAAUGCUGCCGAUUACUAUGGACUGGAAGAAUUGAGGAAGGGCUGCAUGGGAUUUGUCCAAUGCUGCAUUAGCGUUGACACAGUGUGCGCACUGCUGGCGUCAGCAGAACGUUACAUCCAGUACAAGUGUACAAAGUCGCUUGUCCAGAAGGUGCUUGAAUUUGUUGACAACCAUGGCAAUGAGGUCCUGAGCCUUGGCUCAUUUGCCCUGCUGCCAGAGCAUGUUGUACGGCUCAUAUUGUCACGUGAAGAACUUACAGCUGACGAGCUCACAAAAUUUCAGGCUGCUGUGCACUGGAGCAAGCGGUACUGCGACACCAUGCCGGAGGCGGAGCUCCGGGAGGUGAUGGGCAACUUCCUCGAGUGUAUCGAGUUCUACAAGAUACCGGCAGGCGUGAUCAUGCGGGAGGUGCACCCACUGGGCGUGGUGCCAGACCACGUCAUAAUGAAUGCACUCGCCUUCCAGGCAGAUCCCUCCAGCGUCGACAUGAACAAGAUCAGCUCGCCCAACCGCUUCCGUCGAUCCACCAUAUUCAGUGUGUCGCCCCUCAGGUCGAUGUCGAUAGCCGACCCGUCUCCCGCGAAGCCGCCCGAAAGCGACAACCAGAUCAACGCCGAGGUGGACAAGGCCCAGACGAAGACCAGAGGCCGCAGCAAGAGCACCUUCUCCCGGCCCUACCGGCGCAGCAAGACCCUGGCCGAGAGCUAAGGGCCAUCUCCCAGCAACUGAGCCUGUCUCUUGUCCUUCUUUCUUGCUUGACUCACCACCGUGCGCAUUCAUGCUCGGCACUGUUAUGGUCACGCAAGGUUGCUCAGAAUUUUCUGACUCAGGCGGAGUCUCAAGCAGUGUCUUGCAACUUGUUUUUAUCAGGCACACUGCCCUCUCGCUAGUGUUAAAAAACUCCGCAAGCCAGGUGUCACCCCUUUUUUGUUUUUACUUAACGUUAGUGGGCCCACUGCUGCAAGCACUCUCCCUUCUUUCUUCCACUACCGCAACUGCUCUUUUAGAUGUCUCUUACUCAAAUUCUAGGAAUUUUCACUCACUAGCCUUUUAGUUCUAUUCAAUUUACUUGUUUUCAAGGUUCCCAUCAACAGUUAACAGUGCUUUAGUGCACUGUUAAUAAACUUUCUGCAAGGUAUAGUGUAGCAAAGUAUGCCCUUCUGUUUUGUUUUUGUUUGUUUGUUUAUUUUCUUUUUAACUGAGAGAGAAUGUAGAAUACAUUAUGACAGCAUGUAGAUAUACAGCAUGUUAACAACGAAACAUUUACAUUGUCUCAGGGCCUUAAAUACACAUCCUCAGUUUUAUGAUACAGAGGUGCGGCCCGUCCACAGGAGUUCACGAUCUACCCAGUAGGUGCGUGCUGGCCCGCUCAAGAACUUGGGUCAAGCGACGGGUAUGACAGAAGGGAACAAGAAACUAGUGAAUGUAGUUCAGUAAAGCGGGAGACCACAACAUCUUUUCAAAGUUGCCACAUGGGUGCCUCACAACUGUUCCUUUAGCGUGACAGCACAUUUGCAUGCACCACGCAUUUUUCUGUUUGCAUCAGUGAGCAAGAUACUGCGUGAGAAGAGAGCAGUAGCCGAAGCUUUGUUUUCGCACACGUGGUGGGGAAACGCGAGCCAAGGUGGAAGGACUGGAAAUACUACUUUAUUCAGAGCUGUCUCGUCAUUCCCUGUGGCGGGGAACUGGUUUACUAUGUCCCACAAUAGCUGGCACUUGGGGGACAGGGUGCGAAAUGCUCCUGCCUCUUUUUGAGAAGCGCGUAAUCGUAGCAUCUGGCGAAAAUUGCACUUUUGAAGCUGUGUCGCUGGGACACCUGCAUCGCCUGUCACAUUGGUACAAUGAGGUUCUUUUGAAGUAGCAAGGAAGGAAGUGUCCGUUCUAACUGUCGACAUAUUACUGUAUAUUUUUGCUCUCGUUGCCCAUAUUAUGUGAUCUCUCAAGCUUUUACCGUAAAUGCCUGAAAACCUGAGGCUUUCUUUUUUGUGCAUCAAGUGCACAAUGUGUGGCCAUUGACAAACACAAUAUAAUGUACACUGCAUCGUUAUUUUUGUGCAGAGAACACAUUCACUUGAAACCUUUUGUGGAAUAACUGGCCAUGUUCAAUGGCACUUCAUGUGUUUUGUGCUCGUGACUCAGUGUUUCAUAUUAAGAAGCAUUUUAGGUGAGUAGUACUCGUCCUGCAGAAAGCUGAAUCUUUAAACCCUCUCUUAGAAAACAGACAAUGGCAUCUCCCACAUAUCGUUUUCCAUUAGAAUUAUAUCAAAGCAAAAGAUAGUUGGCAACCACAGCACCAUCGUGUGUUACUCACAUAUGCGAAUUUGCAUUUCCAGUGGACUGCAUUUCUGUUUAUGAGUAUGAAGGGCUUUGGAUAAAUUCCAAAUGUGGCCAGCUGCCAGCUUUGACAUAUUGAUUGUUGCAUGUUACUUUCCUCAGCUUUUUGUUUGGUGCUUUGGACUACGUAUCAUUCACUGGCUCAGCUUCGAGCUAGUCGUUUAAUUCAAAAGAACCCAGUGGUUCUGUGUUGGCUGUAUGCCACAUUCAUAAUCAGCCAAGGACAUUCUUAUAGCUUGUUGUAGUUCACUGUUGCUGAUGCAGCUUAGAUUACUUUGCUGUGCAUCACGAGGUCACAAACAGUUCAAGUUGCAUACCCAUGGUAGCUAGCUUGGUGUUUGUUGGAAGGCCAUCUUAGUGAAAUUAAAGCCCUACAGUGUCUACUAGUUGUAAAAACACUGUUACCGUCACACGAACAGAAAAAGCCAAGUAAAUAGAGAAUAAUUUCAACACUAAAUGCCCAGGUGUAACUGUGGAACCACAUCUUCUGAACAAUUACUUCCAGGCAUUACAUAAGUGCAACAUUAACAAAAUUUGAUGUUACAAAAUAUCUGUAACAUAUCAUCUCAUUGGGAACAGCAGGCUCCGGCUCCUGUGGUCCAAGAUACUUAAAUCAAUGCAACACAGUUACAUUUCUUCCUCACCUAGGAGAGUUUGUUACCUGUGGUGCUAGGAAACACUUGCAAAUACUAUAUCAUAAAUCUAGUAGUACUACUAGACAGACUGCCGAGUGAGCUGCUUACUUUGCUCCAAGUGCUGUUAUUCCUUCUAGAAAUAUUUAGUUGGCAGUUACAUCACCAACAAACAGAAAUUAAGUUAUAUGCAAGACAGUAAGUCAUCUCAUGCGAUCUCGUGUCUCUGUGACUGAAGCAUGAAGAGUUAGUACUACUGUAACCCCCCUUUUUUUUCCUCCUCCUCCACAUAGCAGCACCCCUGCUUCUUGGUUGCCUUUAGCUGAAGACUAAAGCACUCAUUGCCAAAAAGAAUUCUGUGGUUACUAAGUUGUAGAGGCAUCAAGGCCUUUUGAAACCUGUAGAAACCCAUGUUUCAUUAAACACUUCACAGCUCUCGUUACUAGAUUUCAUGUCCGAUCUGAUAAUGUUGCAUUGGCCUGCGAACCUUUGCAACAAGUAGUGCAUCAUUUACAUGUUCCAACCAUGCACAUUGUUUUAUAACAUGCCCACUCUAAAGUUGACACUUGCCUUUAUGUUGUUUCAUUUCUCAUUAAUUCUUUGCACGUGUACAUGUCUAAAGUAACUCGGAGGGAUUUUGAAUUGUGGGCACUGCUAUUAUCAUUGGUUGAAAUGUGACAGACAUUCAUAUUAGCAUAGCAACCGUUUAUUAGAAAAGCCAUAUUAUCUUUAAUGUAUCACAUCUUCCCAUAAGGUAGUCAGAAAUUAUUAAUAGAGAGUUUGUUGCCAGGAAACCUAUAUUGAACUCUAUCGUUUUGUUCGACCAGCUGGGGAUUUUCCAUAGUGGCGAGACAUUGUUCUGCAGUGGUUGUCAGUGCUGUCUGUGACAUAUAUGUUCGGUAACACAUCAGUAUGCUGCACUUUUGUGUGUUUCCCUGUGUAAGCGGCCUGUCUCAUCGUCUGCAUGUUGUUCCCACAUUACCACUGUUGUUUAUUACCUAGUGUUAUGAAGCUGAAAGCAUUGAGAGUUUUAUGGUGUUUCGGCACAAAGACCCACCCAUUCCCAAAGAGAAAGAUUGCUCAAAGUUCACCUUCCACAGUGUGUUGCCAUUUGAAGAACACGUGAACAACCAGUGUUGAUAUGUGUGCUCUCUGCCCCAGGAAGUAGGAUGCUUGGAACAUUCUAGCAUUAACCAUCACUUGUAUAGUAGGUGUGCAUCCACGGUGCAUACUGCAGCAAGUAUUGCAGCCACAUUGAGGACAAACCUUAUAGUUUUGGAAAGGAAAUAAUGCUAUUUUUAAAUUUGUUAUGCCUCACAUACUUUUAUCCAGGUUUGUCAUUCAGAGAAAAUAUGCAUAUAAUAUAUACACAUAUAAUAUUUAAUGGUUGUAGUUUCAAUGCCUUAAUCGGAAGCUCUUCAAUAUGCUGUGAUACAGUAAUGUCCUGCAGUGUUUGGUGUGUCUGCAGAUGUGUUAUCACUCACUAGAUUUACCGAAAGAGAUAAUAUUUGAAAGUGGACAGAAACAUAGUUGAGGCGUCUUCCUGCCAGCAUCAAGUGUUCAGCCCUCGUUCAGAUCAGUGGUAAUUUCCGUAGAGUACGUGUGUGUUGUCGUUCAUGAAACCCCAUUGUCACUGUAUUCAUUUAAGUAGCUCUGUUAGUUUGGUGAGCUGCUGAAGCAGUUCACACAGACAAGGACUCAAAAGUGAUAAACAGUAGUUGCGAUAGAAAAGCCCCCUUAGAUGUCUUUGCACUGCAGCCUAGCAUUUGCUCUUUUUGACAGCACAGUUAGAAAAUGAGGAAUAUGCUUGUUAUUGGUUUGUACAAGUUGUUCCCCUGUCGCCCUUGCUUUCUACUUUUUUGCCAUGAAUAUGUUAGCAUCCUGUUGUUUCCUGAUGGACAUUUGGCAGCAAGAGUCUUCACCGAGUACUAUCUGUGCAUCAUAGUAAAGCCAACAACAGCUCCACGCUUGGAAAAGCUGUUGCAACGUGUCUGCAGCACAGAUGUGUACACGAGGUAUUAUAAGAGCAUCAUUUCAAACAAUUUUGGGAUGCACAUUCUGUCACCUCGAUUACCCCGUAAAACCUCCCUCCACAGCCACCUUGCCAUCUAAGUAUUGCUUUGCAAGGAAUGUCGGACUAGAAAAGGGGCAAGGGCAUAUGUCAUCCGAUGUUGCUAUUUCUGGACUCCGAUCCUGUCAAGAAGAGUUUAUAGCUUGUUGCAGAAGAGCAUGUUCUGCUAUUUGUUGUUGAAGUUAUCGUCGUGGUAUUGCUGUGCUGACUCUACGCCCAGUGGAGUGUCUUGUUGUGGUGCCCGCCCCAUUCGUACAAGCAGUGUUGUCAACUAAGGCUGUAUGAGCUGUAGUGCUUUUAUAGCAAACAGCACAGCAGAAUAUAAAUGUUAUCCGUGAGUAUGGAAAGCACAAGCUCUAUGCACGUAGAAGUUGGGGCAGUGCAAUAUAUUUAUUGUUCCGCCCUUUGGAAGAAUCCUUCACCAGUUUUCUCUUGUGCGAACACAUGUUUGUAGUAGCCCCAUUGUCAUUGUCUGCCCCUCAGAAAUGUAUUUUUGUAAACGUGAGGGUAACAAUAAAAUGUGUCUAUUAAAGU